AUGGGCAGCAAUGUUUCGCAGGUCGAGGUGGAGGUCGGCCCUGGCAUGACGCAGGUUUUGGGUCACAAGACUUAUGGUUCGAUCUCGGAGUCCAUCAAAGAGAACGGCGAAGCCAUUGCGGUGAUGUCCCGAUCUUUCUGUGGAACGGCCACCACAGCUCCGGAAGGUACGAUGGAUUGGGUCGUGGGGCCAUCCUUAAGGGAGAAAUGGGAUGACCCCAAGCGCAAGAGCAUCUUCGAUUGGAUGAUGAAGAUGGAGUGGUCCAUGGUCGCUGCUCACGGUGGCUUUGCGGUAGCUGGGCUGAAACCGGAUGGCAGCAUGGGGGCUGUGGUGCUUGUGGCUCUGUACUCGGACGGUAUCCCUUCAGGACUUUCGAGCCACCUCGAACAGGUGCGAGGCUUCUUUGCAGGAGGCUUGCCACCCAAGAGCGAUGCAGGCGAAGCCUUCUGGGCAAUGAAAACCAGGGCUUUUGCAGCUCAAGAUGCCCUCGAAGAGGUGAAGGGCAAGUAUGUUAAGGGUCCUCAUGCCCAUGUGAAGGUUGUGGCAGUGGAUCCGGAUGCACAAGGAAUGGGCUUCUGUGGAAAGUUGAUGCGCUUUGUGAGCGCUUGGGCGGACAGCCGACACCUGCCGCUUUGGCUGGAGACUUCGGGCGAGAGGAAUGUGGCCAUCUAUGAGCGCUUCGGCUACAAGACCACGGAGCGCUUCGACAUCAAAUGCGAGACCUCUGAGUCAAAGGAGGACAUCCACCAUGGCGAGUUCGGCAUGCUUCGCUCUCCCCAGUGA